AUGACAAUUUUCGAAGAUAAUCUUGAACAAUUCCAAGAAAAACUCCAACAAAACGAUCUUAGAUACAGAUAUGGAUCUUGGAGUAGUACACCACAUAUUGAUUUAGCCGCAGCUUGCGGUAGUAUUAAUAUUUUUAACUUUUUACUUUUAAAUAAUUCCCAAAUUACAAAUAAAACGGCAAAGCGUGCGAUAGAAGGCGGAAACAUAGAUAUAAUAAAGAUAUUGCAAAACAAAAACAUCAGUUUUGACCAUUGCUUACGGAAGUCAAUUAAAGCUCAUCGAAAUACAAUUAGUGACUGGCUUCUCAGUAAUUUUUCUUGCGAGAAAAUCGAUCUAAUCUACUGUCUUGUCAAAGGUAACACACAAGCUGCUAAUUUUCUCAUUCAAAAUCAAAUAAUAAUUCUUGAAAAUCCUAAAUACGCCAUAGAUUUGACUUCUCUCGGUGUAAUUCGCGGAAAUUUAGAUCUUGUUAACUACUUCUACAGCCUGCAGCACGAAACAGUUUCGAGCGACAUCGAAGUCAUUGUCGACCAAAAAGAAGUGGAAGAGAUGGAGUCAGAGCUUAAGAAGAGAGAGGAAGAGAGGAAACUUCUUGAAGAAGAAGUCAAACGCCAGCAGGAGAUCAACAGACUGAAACAAAUUCAUGCUCAAAACGAGCAGAGACUCAAACUUUUGCAGAAUAUGAAACAAGGAAAACAAAUUUUGAAUCCUAACGAACCUAUUUACGUCGGAAGUUCCACAUCAGAGGAAGAAAAAGAAGAAGAACAAGAAAAAGAGGAGGAAGAAGAAGAUCUUAGCGAAAUGUACUUCAGAUGGAAACACGACAGAUACUACAGAUACUACCAUGAAGAAGAAGAAGAGGAAGAGGAAGAAGAAGAAAGGGAGGAAGAUAAACACAUUGUUCAUCCACCAAUUACUUAUUCCGUUGUCAACAAUUUCUUUGAAAUAACAAAGUUUUUGGUUGAAAAAGGAGAAGAUGUGAAUUACAAACCAAAAUUCCACUCUGAAUGCGAUUUUACAGACUAUAUUAAGGGAAGUAACUCUCUUUUAUCAAUAGCUAUCAAAAAGAAAAACACGGAAAUAGCGAAACUUCUCAUUGAAAACGGUGCUGACGUAAACUAUGAAUGCGAAAAAGAUGGAAUAACAUGGCCUAUGCUUGCUUACUCAAUCAAAAAGCAUCUAUUUGAGAUAUCUAAACUUCUGAUUGAAAAAGGAGCCCUUCCUUACAGAUCAGUGAAGAGACAGCAUAGAUUUUAUUCAGUAGACAGGUUGUGGACACCACUAAUUUUGGCUGUAAAAGAGGAUUCUCUCGAAUUGGUCAAAAUUAUUGUUGAAAGAGGCGCUUAUAUAGAUUUCUAUGUCGAAGAACAUUUCGGUGUUAAUACUGCAAUGACAAUGGCUGUGCAGUGCAGGAGAUUUGAGAUGCUAGACUAUCUUAUAUCUAGGGGUGGAAAUGUCAAUGAAUUCCACACAAUUACACCUCUUUUUGUUGCAGUUAAAAAUAAUGAUGCUGAAAUGAUAAAGUUUUUGGCUGCAAGAAAGGUCGACUUGAAUAAAGAAUUAUACAUAGAAAGAAGACAUCUAACUCCUCUUGCUUACGCAGCUUACCUUGGAAAGACAGACGCUGCCAGAGCUCUGAUUGAAGUUGGUGCCGACACUAAGUUGAGAAAUCCACUAGGGCAGGCCCAGAGACAGAAACACAUGGAUAUAGUUGGUUUGCUUUCUAAAGGUGUAUGA